AUGGGAUCAAAUUUAAGCUCAAAUGAGACUAUUACGGGCACCUCAGCACCAGCGGUGAGAACGAGACCAGUGUCUCCUUUCAACUUGCUCACUGUAAAAAUACUAAGAGUAAGGAAUGCCCGGAAGGCAGACUUGCUCACUCUUUCAGAUUGUUAUGUGACACUGUGGCUGCCUACUGCCUCAACUGAGAAGGUUCGGACCAGAACCAUCAGGAACAGCAAAAACCCUGUCUGGAACGAAGCUUUCUGCUAUAAGAUCGACCGCAGAAUCAAGAAUGUGCUGGAGCUGAAGGUCUGUGACGAAGACACAGUCACAAGGGAUGAUGAACUCUGCACAAUUCUCUUUGAUAUAGAUAAACUCACUGUAGGACGUACUGUUCGAGUGAAGUUUCAGCUGAAUCCACAGGCACGUGAGGAGCUGGAGGUGGAGUUCACAUUGCAGAACACUCUGGACUAUCCUGAUGCCAUUAUUACUAAUGGAGUACUAGUGGCACGUGAGGUUUCCUGUUUGGAGGUUAGAGUGGAUACAGGGAAGCUGAAGCAGCAAUCCACAAACCAGGAGCUUACAUUUAUAGUGAAAGGAUCCCAUGAAGGAAGCCAAAAGAUUUUGCUGGCCUCUGAACCUAGCCUUAACAUCAUCAUAUUUCACUGCAUCAUAAAUGACCAGACGAGACUGGAUAUCAUAUUACCAGAAGAGCUGGCAGAUAAAAAUGAAACGGAGAAAUCUGGGGUCCUUUCCUUUCCUCUGAAUUCACUCCCUUUGCAGAAAGAGGUAACAGUAGAAGAGGAUUAUUCCUUUCACUUGUGCUUGACAGCAAGAAAAUGCUCAGGAGACCUUGAUGUGCGCUUGGGGUUUGGCCUGUGCAUGGAAGAGCAGGACUUCCUGCGGAAAAGGAAGAAAUAUGUUGCUGCUGCUCUGAAAAAGAUUCUUCAUUUGGAGGAGGACCUGAAAGAGCAUGAGGUGCCAGUGGUGGCCAUCACAACUACUGGUGGAGGGACGAGAUCCCUGACAGCGAUGUAUGGCAGCCUGCUGGGUCUCCAGAAACUCAAUCUGUUAGACUGCAUUUCCUACAUUGGUGGUUUAUCGGGUACCACAUGGACAAUGGCAAACUUAUAUGAAGAUGCUAAUUGGUCACAAAAAUAUCUGGAUGAUGCAAUCAAGGAAGCUCGCAAGCAAGUAACCAAAUCCAAGAUCUGCUGUUUUAGUUUGGAUUGUCUGAAGUACUAUUACAAUGACCUAAUGGAAAGGGCUAAAGCAGGACAUAACACUUCUUUCAUAGACCUUUGGGGGCUUGUCAUUGAAUCCAUGCUACAUGAUAAGAAAGAUGAGCAUAGACUCUCAGAUCAACGGCAGGCAGUGGAUAAUGGUCAGAACCCGUUGCCAAUCUAUGUGGCCAUCAACCUCAAGUCCAGCUAUAGUGCUCAGGCAUUCAGAGAGUGGCUGGAGUUCACUCCUUAUGAAGUCAGUCUCUUGAAAUAUGGAGCAUCUAUUCCCGCAGAACACUUUGGAAGUGAAUUUUUUAUGGGAAGGAUGGUGAAGAGGCUCCCAGAGACUCGCAUCUGCUAUAUGCAAGGCAUGUGGAGUAGUAUAUUUUCCAUAGAUGUGAUGUAUGUCUGGAAUUUGGCUACUGACUCAGAGGACUUCUGGUCUAGAUGGACCAGAGACAGAGUAAAAGAUAUUGAGGAGGAACCCUUUCUGUCCAUGAAUCCCUAUGAGGUAGACACAUGUCUAUUCGCCCCCUCAAGCACCCUCUCCUCUGCUUUGCGAGAUGUCUUAACAGGACGCCCAACCAUUGCACAGUACCCCAAUUUUAUCAGAGGCUUCCAGAUGCACAGCAAGUACCUGGAGAGUGAAGGAUUUUCUACCUGGAAAGACACCGUGAUAGACUCCUUCCCAAAUAAACUGAUGGAAACAGCAGAUGAUGAGCUCUCUCUGGUUGAUACUGGAUUUUUCAUCAACACAAGCUACCCGCCACUUUUGAGAUCGAAGAGGGAGGUGGAUGUCCUCCUGCAUUUAAAUUACAGUGGAGGAUCCCAGACCCUGCCUCUGGAUCAGAUUGCAAAGUACAUCUCAGGGCAAGGAAUUCCAUUUCCCAAAAUUGAGAUAAGUGAGGAAGACAGGGAAAACUUGAAGGAGUGCUAUGUGUUUGAAGACGCUGACAGUCCACGAGCUCCAACAGUGCUUUUUUUCCCCCUAGUGAAUGACACCUUCAAGAAAUAUAAAGCUCCUGGUGUGGAAAGGAGUCCUGAAGAGAUGGCUGAAGGCAAAGUUGAUGUUUCCACCAUCCUUUCCCCAUUUACUACAAGGGAGGUGUGUUUCAGUGAAGAGAAUUUUGACAAACUGGUGAAACUGACUGAUUACAAUGUCCUGAACAAUGAGAAGUUGAUUAUUCAAGCCUUGCGCUUGGCAGUGGCACGGAGGAAACAGCGGAAUUAUUAGUCACUGCCCACUAGCUUCAAAUCUCCACAUGGUAUUUCUUGGGAUGUCUAUUAUCUGGUGACAUCAAAAUGUUUGAUGCUUGCCAGUGAUACCUGCAGUAGAAAUCACAUCAUCCUGAGGAUGUGCUAGUCUCCAAUUCAUCCUAUUUACAUGACUGUUCAGACGAGCAGAUUGGA